AUGGCGAAGAAGAUACGAAAAACAAAAAGGAAAACAAAAAAAAGCGAGUUCAAUACGCUUAACGAGAAGAAAGCAAAAAACGAAGGAAAGGUCCGAACGAAGUCUACCACUAAAUCUUUGACUUUCUUCGACUUUGGAGGACAAUGUGCGUAUUAUGCCUGUCAUCAGAUUUACCUGACCCGGAGAGCUUUCUACAUAGUGGUACUGGACGCCUCAAAACCAUUUGACCAGGUGGUUGAAAAGGAAGUGUGUGAUCAGGCAGAUAGUGUUUUUGCUGACUGGACGUACAUCGGUUAUUUCCUUUUCUGGUUGAAAUCCAUUCAUACAUACUGCUGGCACAAUACUAAAGACAAAGGAGCGGAGGUCAUAAUUGUAGCAACACACUGGGAUAAAAGUAUCCACAAGAGAAAGGACGACUUUCUUGAAGCACUACACAAAGCCUUACCUGCUGAUUGUCAUCUUGGACAAUAUAUAAGACGUGACAGAUUUUUUUGUACACGAUUUCCAUUAGAACCACUUACUGACCUUGAGCGUGUUCUAGCAGAAACUGCAGCUGACAAAACAUGGGAGGAAAAUAUCCCUCAUGAAUGGAUGUUUCUAAACGACGAGAUACUUAGCACAAAGGCGGAUCAGCGUAUUUUGUCUUUGAAUCAUGUACUACAGAAAAUGCCUGCUGAUAAAUACAGCAUUCAAGAGAAAGCAAAUGAUAUGCUGCGAUAUUACCAUGAUACCGGUAAAAUCCUUUACUUCAAUGAAGCAGGCCUGGAGGAGUUUGUAGUAAUUGAUGUUCAGUGGUUUAUUGAUGCAUUCAAAACCAUAAUUACAGAUAAAAUGCAUGUGUCAGGAAUAGAUGCUAGUGGCAAUGACUGGCAAGAAUACUACAGUACGGGUUAUCUUAAAGAAUUUCUUCUCCUUGCAAUAUGGAGAAGAAAGGAUGAAGACUUGCUGAAAUCCCUGAAAGAGGAAAACAUUUCAAAAGAAUGUGAACUUGUUGAAGAUGCACAUUUUUUUACAUAUCACAAACGAACAUUAUUGAUGUACAUGCAGAGAUUAGGCUUGAUUUCGAUCGGAGAAGUCUCCCACUACAUUCCUUGUAUCAACAAAAAGAGUUUUGGUAAAGAGCAAAAGGGAAUCAUACAGACUUCUUCAUCUAGGUCCUCCAUCUUUGUCUUCCUAUUUGAAUUCCUACCAUACUUUCUUUUUUACCGCUUGGUCGUUAAAUUGAUUGGGAUCAAAGAUUGGAGGGUUCUAAAAAGUAGUAAUAUUAGUUGUUUGUACAAGAAUGCUGCUUUGUUCACUUACCAAAAUCAUAAUGUUGCCGUAGCAGUUACGCAAACAACAAUCCAGUUACAAAUUUUUCAUCCAGAACCAGGCUUUGAAAUGUUGAAAGAUGUGACAUUGUCUGUCAGACAGCAUAUUGAAAAAAUAAUGGAGGACAUUACGAGGACAUUCCAUCAACGCUUGAGAUAUCGCAUGGGGUACACCUGUUACAAAGAGAAAGAACAAAUAUUGGGUAUAGAAAUAACACACAGUUUCAUUGACGAGAAGGAACUCCCCAUUGGGAAAGAGGUAACAUGCCCUCAACAUCAAGUUGAAAAGAGACAUCAUAUUAAUCCAGAUUAUCUUAGUGCGUAUUGGAGAUAG